AUGACUGGAUCUGUCGCUCGCAUCUGGAAAUUUACCCCCACCGGAUGUACGGUCACCUCAACAAUCAGAUAUCUCGAACGGCCUGACGAUCUCCUUCGAUUCGUGCAUGCGCUGGCAUUAAAUGGACGUCGUGGCCUGGGACUCUGCGUUGGGUCUGAUCGACUGUUCAGAGAUGUCGGCUUCACGGGCACUGACUCGGUGGCCAAUGAUUACGAAGUAGAUCUGACGAAGAAGCUUGAGAAGAUAGCGAGGAUCUAUGUCCAAUAUUCUAACAACAAACAAUGGGCUGAGAGGCAACGACUUACCAGCGUAUGGGUCCUCAACGUCACCUCGAACAGCCGUUUCAGAACGGAAGGGGUUGAUAAUCCUCCUCCUGGUCCGCAAGGAGACGAUUUACUGGUCCUGCAACAUCCCAUCACCCGUCGGGUUUCCAUGUUCUCGCGUGCGACUCGAUGCUACUUGGCAAUUGCCAAGAAAGACCUCGACGACCAAAAACUGGAAGAAUUGACAGAGGAGGUCAUUCUAGACAAGAUCCGUCUGCUCAAGACGUCCUGA